AUGCCCUCCACAUACAAGAAGGACAAGCCGUGGGACACGGACGACAUUGACAAAUGGAAAAUCGACGCCUUCACACCCGCCGACAACGCCGGCGGCACAUUUGCUGAGGAAUCCUCCUUCCAGAUCGUUUUCCCCAAGUACCGCGAAGUGUACCUCAAGGAGGCAUGGCCUCUCGUUACAAAGGCUCUCGAGAAGACGGGCAUCGCUUGCUCGCUCGACUUGAUUGAGGGUUCAAUGACCGUCAAGACGACAAGAAAAACAUUUGACCCCGCCGCCAUUCUGAACGCCCGCGACCUCAUCAAGCUCCUGGCCCGAAGCGUCCCCGCGCCGCAGGCUCUCAAGAUCCUCGACGACGGCGUCGCAUGCGACAUCAUCAAGAUCCGCAACCUGGUCCGCAACAAGGAGCGCUACGUCAAGCGCCGCCAGCGCAUCCUCGGCCCCAACGGCUCGACCCUCAAGGCCCUCGAGCUGCUCACCCAGACCUACAUCCUCGUGCAGGGCAGCACCGUCUCCGUCAUGGGCCCUUACAAGGGCCUCAAGGAGGUGCGCCGCGUCGUCCAGGACUGCAUGGAGAACAUCCACCCCAUCUACCACGUCAAGGAGCUCAUGAUCAAACGCGAGCUCGCAAAGGACCCGGAGCUCGCCGAGGAGAGCUGGGACCGCUUCCUGCCUAAUUUCAAAAAGAAGUCGCUCAGCCGCCGCCGCGUGCCGCACAACGUCACGGACAAGACCAAAAAGGUCUACACGCCCUUCCCGCCCGCGCCCGAGAAGAGCAAGGUCGACAAGCAGAUCGAGACGGGCGAGUACUUCUUGGGCAAGGAGGCCAAGAACAAGGCCGCGCAGGCCGAGCGCUUGGAGCAGCAGAAGCAGAAGAAGGAGGAGAAGUUGCGCGAGAGGGAAAAGGACUUUAUACCCCCCGAAGAGCUCGGCCACAAGAGGAAGAAGAGAAAGAAGAGCGAGGACGACGAAAAAGGGGUCGCCACGUACGUAGGUGAGGUGUUAGCUCACUCAAGAUACCCUUCCAUUCAAGAGUUCAAGAGUCUUCUGACAUGUCGGCGAUCUCCUCAAACUUCGCCGCCUGAAGGGUUGUAA